CUCGCAAUCUGCCUUGCUUUGCCUGAGUCAAGUCACUUCGCGGGGCGCCAGUCAUUCGGCUCCUGUAACAGCUACAAAAGGCUGUGUUGUCUCUCAAGUGGCCAUCGAGCUUGCUAGUUCUCUUGCUCCAUUGAGACUUCCAAGAUGGUGCAGCUAAACAGAGAUCAGGCUGUCCAGAAAGCUCAACGCCAUAUUGACACCAUAAGAAAAGAAGCUGGACUGGACGACACCAGUGCAAAGAGCCGAAAUGUCGAGAACCUCCAGAACGCUCUUCACACUCUCGCAGAUGAGCUGUACCAGAAGUCCACUCAUUUCCUCCUCGAGCUUAUACAGAAUGCCGACGACAACGAGUAUGAUGCCGCCGAACCUAGCAUCUCGCUAACGUACCAGAAUCGACGUCUGAGGAUCGAUUGUAAUGAGAAGGGCUUCAGUGAAAAGAAUGUGGAGGCCAUCUGUAGGGUGGGCAGCAGCACCAAAGCUGGCGUUAAUCGCGCUACCGCGUAUGUCGGAGAGAAAGGCAUUGGUUUCAAGUCGGUCUUCAAGGCUGCUGACGUUGUCUGGAUCUCGUCCAACUCCUACACCUUCAAAUUCGACAAGAGACAAGUCCUAGGUAUGAUUGCGCCUAUCUGGGAGCCGUUCCCUGAGCCCGCUAUUCCGUUCAUGACAUCUAUGCUCCUGCAAUUGUCUCCGCAGUACGACGAGAGGCGGCUGGUCUCGGACUUGAGAGGCUUCGACCCGCGUAUGCUCAUGUUUCUCCGCCGCUUGAGAAACGUAACGAUUACGAUUCGAGAGGGCGAACUGGCCUGGCAGACCACUUUCAGGAAAAGCGUCGGUACGAGCCACGGCGAGACAGCAAUUGAGUUGACUCGAGAUGGGGAAGUCACGAAGUAUCUUGUCAGCUCACACGUUGCUACAAAUCUUCCGGUCGAGCCCAAGCGUCCUGGCGCAAGGGAGUCCCAGAUCCUGCUUGCCUUUCCCGACGUCACGGACCAGCCAUUGACGUCUCAAAAGGUGUAUGCCUUCCUUCCGAUUCGAGACUAUGGCUUCAAGUUUCUUCUUCAGGGAGAUUUUCUACUUUCUGCGAGCCGAGAGGACGUUUUGACAGACUCCCCAUGGAAUUGGGCCCUUCGAAGAGAAUUUAUCAAAGCGUUUGUUGCUGUCACUAGAGCAUACAGCCACGGUCAAUUGUGUUAUAUCUGGCCUCGAUUCAUCCCAUUCAAGAUGACUCAGCGCCAUUUCUUCGAACCAGCCAGACGAGAAAUCAUUGAAACGCUCUCUCGACAGCCAGUGUUGAAGUCCAGAGCCCAAGAACUAAUGAUGCCGUCCUCCUUAACAUAUGUUCCCUUGGAUUUCUGCGACAGGCAAGGGGUCCCGAUGACUUCAUCCCCAUUGAACGACCUGGCAUAUCUGUGUCAUAAAUAUGAUGUCUCCCUUCACGAUAACCUGGAAGCACUAGGCGUCACAAAAAUGACCGCAGCCAUAUUCUUGGAGCAUUUGGAUCUCUAUAUCAAACAAAACACCGCGCUAUUUCAGAAGAUGAAAUCAGUUGAGUGGCAUACACGGCUUGCAGAAAUUCUUUUGAAGCUGUCUUUCGACACCGAACAGCAUGAGAAGCUUUGCAAGCUACCGAUCAUUCCUCUCAACGACGGUCGAUGGGUCUCUGCCCAAGAGAAGGCUAUCUUUCUCCCUCAAGAAGCCGAAAAUUCCAUGGCCCCUGAGGGCCUCGCAUUCCGACUAGUUCGAGAAGAUGCUGCCAACAAUCCCACAGCUCGAUCUCUAUAUCUUCAGCUCGGACUCAAGGUCUUCGGCCAGGAUGCCAUCGCCGAUUGCCUCCUCCAUGUUCAUACUCAGCCUUUGUUCAACCCAAGAAGCUUUACCGUCAAACAUCUGAUAUCCCAGGCGAUGUUCCUCUUCAGAGCCAGAGUACAUGACUAUGAGGUCAGAUAUCUUUGGUUCGCCACAUCGGAUGGUUCCGGUCGCUCUCGCGCAGAGAGUGCAUACCUGCCGUCGCAGGCUCCGUUUGCAGCGAGUCAGUACUUUGCUGGUCGGAAAGAUAUCGAUUUCAUACAUCCACAUUAUUUGGACGCUGUCAAGGAUGACCAAGCGAAUUGGCUUGAGUGGCUGGAGAACGCGGCGAAAAUCUCUAUUCUGCCACGCCUCACCCAGGUCGACGGACAAUCACCGCACUCCUUUGGACUAUCUCGCCACUUUACCCUGAUCAUGCAGAAUUUCAAGUCUAGAGAUUUUCUGGUCCUUCUGAGAGAUAACUGGGGCUAUUACUCGCGCUGGCUCGAAGAUGAUGCUGGCGGUGCUCGAGAUGACUCCAGGUCGGCGAGACAGGCAUGUCGAGAGAGACUCAGAAAUUCGCUGCAAGAAGCGCAUGUGGAGUGCCUUGGAGGUGCGAAAAAGUCCCUGCGGGACGUAUUCCUGCCAAUUCCGGAACUUGUCCAGCAGGCAAAUGGCCAGGUGCCAUUCGUUGAUAUCGACGACCCUCUCGACCCACGUUGGCAGAGGUUGAAGAUCUUGGGGCUUGGUGUCGAGGGCGACGUUCGUUUCUAUCUCCGAUGUCUAUAUGCAAUGAGCGGUACGUCAGAUGCAAUUGUUAUCGACCGCGCUGGUUUAAUGCUUGAACAAAUCCAAGCCCGAUGCUCAGAACUGCCGGACUUAGUGAGGCAGUCAUUCGAACAGAAGCCGCUUAUUUGCAUCCCUAACAAAAGAGCUGGAGGUGAACCCCGCUGGGUCAAGGUGCAAGAUUGCUUGUGGAGCGGUCCAGAAUGCCUUCGACGAUUUGUUGCUCUGAAGAACAUAUACCCAUCUUGUCAGCGGCUUUUCCGCGACUUCUUCCUGCUCCCGGACGCGGGCAUUGCGGACCUCAUACGCGAGACCAAAUUAGUCAAUGUCGGCGACCCGCUGUCUUACAUCAAAGCUCUGUUUCUCGAAAUUGAAAAGCAUCUUGAGAAGGACGAGACGACGACGGCUAUCGACUCACUUCAGACACAUUCCAUAUGGCCAGUCUAUAAGACAAGCAACGAGGACCAGUGGGAUAUGCUCGGGUGCGCCAAAAACUCGGACGCGUGGUUCAUUGCCGACAGAGCACAUUUGCUGGAGAGUUUCUGUGGGAUCGUGCCUUUGCUCGCUUUCCAGGUCGAGGACGUCCUGAAACUCCCACUCCUGAUUCGGAAACUGGGCGGUGACAAGCGACGAUUGACUCGAGCAGUCACGAGCAUCGCAGAGACUGUUGGUAUCUUACGACCCGAUCCCAAUCGGCAAGCCGACCUACGGUCAAGAGCCGAAUUCGUAGCCAGACUUAUGCCUAAAAAAGAACAUGGCAAGAGGGAAAAGGUGGCCAAGCUCAAAUCGUUGCAGGCAUUCUCCACUACAAGAGUCAUUCAAAAGUGGUCCGUGAAAGUUGGCUUGGACAACCGGUCGGGGCGAUCGAAGGAUGGGAACGUUGUUCUGUCGACUGAACACAGCCAUCUCGAAAUCUACGUGAAAAACGGGUAUUUUGAAUCACACAAGGUUCCCAGAGAUCUAAUCGAGGCCAUCGCUGGCUUCUGUGGGGUCGAAGACAAGGGCUUGUUUCUCCUUACUGUUGCCCUACAAGAAGACAUUUCGAACAUUCAGAAAUGCUUCCAAGAGCAUGGCGUUCCUGCUCUCAACCUUGAUGACGACGCAGCAGAAGAGUUUGAAGACAUUGACGACUUCGACCCGCGAAAGUCCCAGGGCCGGGGCACAGCGACGACGAGUGGACCGAGCCAGAAUGGUAAAAAGGGCUUGCUCAAGGGAGACCUGGUGCGUAUGUUCACAGCUGUUAGCAUAUUUUCUACAAACAGUGGCCCCGGUUAUAUUUUUAAAAGGAAUGGUCUCAACAACUCCGACGAGGCUUUUGUGAUAGAUAGCGGACUCGGUGGCCUCAGCGCCGACGAUCUCUAUGUGGAAGACGAAGAGGAUGAGGAUGACGCCAAAUCUGUCGUGUCCCGAGCGUCCUCGACACUUUCUGGUUCAACGCUCGGUGGCAGUAAGAUGAGAAUCUUUGCUGCAGUCCCCGCGAGAAUGAUGCGACGAAGUACCGUCUUCUCUGACAAUGUGCGUCGAGAGACCGACGAUAAUCUCGAGUUUCUUGGUCAGAAGAAGGUUUCAGAAGAACUACGACGGAUGCUCAACAACGGCUACGAUCCAGAUGUCCACUGGACGAGCAGUCUGAGGACAAGAAAUGGACACAAAGCAUUCAUUCGGGGCCAGAAUACCAAUGGCAAGUCCAAGCUCUACGCCAGCUUCACGAUCACCGACACCAGCGGAAUGUUCAGUCGGUAUGUCGCAGAAUGCUAUCCAGAGGCUAGGAGAUGGAUCAAGCGUCCGCCCGUGUAUCAUCUUGAUGUGAGAACGACCAAGGGCGACUUGGCCUCUGAGUUCUCUUAUAGCAAUGCCCAAUGGAAGAUGGCUCGUACAUACACGAUUCCCGAUUCUACGGACACCAGCAUUCCAACAGAUGUGUACUUCCUCGUCCGCGUCUUUAAUGCAGACAAGGAGCCAGAAGUACAGUUCCUGCUAGACCCUUGGUCACUCUUCCUCCAGGACAACUUGCGGCUGAAGGCAGAGAAGGAGUAUCGUGCUAACGUUCACGGGCUCAAGGUGUGAUCACAGGUGCUUGACUAGAGUCAACUUUUUAAGUCUUCAAGGUUAGAUGCAGCAUCGGUGACUUAUGAUCAUGCUGCAAUAUGGUAGAUACAGUCUCAGGAGCUUCGAAAUACUAUCCAUCCUUACCGCUUUCAUCUGUCAUUGGGAUGUUUCUU